AUGACUCGCCCUGUUGGUAUACACGAGACAUUCGUGUACACCCCUUUUCAACCAUCUGAAUCAAGCUCAAUGGAGAACGACACUGUGCCCGCAGAUAGGAGCUAUCAGGCAGACGUGGAAGUUGUCGAGCUUUCUUUUGAUUGCCAGAAUGCGACCACCUCUUUUGAGCCAUCCUCUUUUGAUUAUUUCACUGGAGACACCCCGGUAUACAAAACCCCCGACGGCUGUCGUUUUCAACAAUUAAAAUAUGCACUGAGCGCAAUGUAUGAGCUAGAUACCAAGUAUGGUAUUGAUAUCGAUCUCAGAGGAUGUCAAGGCGAGAAAUUGAAUGGCUCUGGACCCAGCUAUCUCGGGCCGUAUUCGAGCGACUGGGACGCUGAUUGGCGUAUUUGGGCAGCUAUUGCUCCAUCAGUAGGCUUUGAAAUGCCGAAUACCAUGAAUUAUACGGGGUGGGCACAACGUUCAAUUCAUGUUACUGUGUGCAAGCCCCGCUAUACCACAUACCGGGGCCCAGUGAGAACAUGGCGGGAGGCCGGAGAAAGUGCCGUUUCCGUAGAUAUCCAACGGGAGCGCUUGAAUGUUGUAGAGGGAAUUCUUGGUGUACAGGCAUCGAAGAUUAUGUACAGUGGUUGGAAGUCAGCGUCAGGGGGAUACUUGCCGAGCGAAAGUGCCCCAGGAACCGAGUUUACCUUUGCAGCAAAUGGUACUUCGCGAGAUGAGCUUUGGGCAAAUAUGACGGCAUUUACUCAUGCCGUAACCAAUUCGCUAUCAUGUCUGAUGCAGCAGACUGUGAAAAAUAAGCUAAUGCGAUACGAACCGCAUCGUGUUGAGGGAACAGAGCAAUUGAUUGAGAACCGACUAUUUGUGCGUCAAAUGUCGUUUUGGCUGAUGGCAGUCCUACUGGUCAUGUCAAUUGCUAAUGUCAUCGUUCUUCUUUGCUUUUUUGUUCCCGUUGCUGUGUGCCCACGAGACACCGGGUCUAUUGGAGGAGUUGCUACUAUCCUUGCUCAAAGUUCAGAGUUUAUGAGCGGAUUUGAUGGAUUACAGUUCGUAUCAGAAGAGAAAGUGGCGGAGUCCAGACUAGCCCAGACACAGUACAGUACCCUGAGUGACACGAAGGGGGCUUUCUUGCUUCUUCCAAAAGAUCGGUCCAUGUUCCAGCCUCUCGAAUCUAGUAACGGCGAGGACUCUUCUUCGCCUACCUGGUGGCAACCAUUUUCAUCCAGCUGGUUUCUUCGAAUUGCUGUGGUCAUCAUUCCUCUUGCCGUGAUCAUUGGCCUCGAAGUUGUCUACCACAUCUCUACCAAUGGACGCGGGAUAACCCUAGUCGAUGGUAAGUCACCAUAUAUUCACUACAUCUGGACCUAUGUCCCGGCGUUGAUCAUGUUUAUCAUUCGUUGUCUUUUCACAUCUGUCGAGUUUGGUACACGUAUUGUUCAGCCUUGUUCCCGUCUCCGUGAGGGUUUUGCUCCUGCAGAGACAUCCAUAUUUGAGAACCAGCUACGCAAGAUCGCCCCCUUCGCCGUGUUUGACACACUACGAAAAAGACAGUGGGCACUAACUGCUGCCACAAUAUCCCUUCUUCUGGCGGCCAUCAACCCCAUCGUUGUAUCAGGUCUUUUUACUGCCAAAGCCACGGGGCGCACAUCCCCCAUGAAUCUCACGCAAAUCACUCGCUGGAAUCUAGGCGACCCUACCACUUCCAAUGUCCUAAUGCAACGCCAGGAGCAGCAACACAGCUCUAGUAUUGACCCUACAGCUGGUCUCAUCCUCAACCUCAAUCUCUCUUAUCCCCAAUGGACAUAUCGUAAUUUGGUUUUCCCCCGAUUCGCACUCACCACAACUGUUCACCCGCCACCGGACACAGGGUUCAUCAAUGCCCGAAUCCCUGCCCUCCGCAGCCGGUUGACUUGUGCACCAGACCCGGCAAACGGGGGUACAUGCAAGAUCAAAAACGGAAGAUGGGGGUGUGAGGUUAAAUCCCCUUGCUUCUCUCCCAUCGGUGGCGAGGUUCUUGAAUCUGAUAUCGAGUAUUUCCUCACAGACUCAAGUCCGCGAUCCAGCAAUGUACCUUCAAACUGCUCUACGCACGCUAUUAUGUACGGCAAAAAGAAUCAGGAUAAUGGUUACCGUGGCGCCCCUAGCAUUUACCAUUAUAUCUACUGCAACGCUACCAUCGAAGAGGUAGAAGUUGAUACAAAACUCCACCUUCCCUCGCUUUCAAUCGACUCCGACACCCCACCCAGGGUAGUUGAGGGUUCGGCUCGGACACCAUUCAAAACAAAUAAGGAAUCGUUACCCGCAAUCUUACGAUUAAGCUCUUACCUCUUUGUAUCCGAUCCCAGAUUCAAGAACUCGUUCCUCGAUGCGGUUGCAAACGGCAUCAAUGGCGUCCCAUUAGAUGAGCUUCUCGACCCGGAGAAAUUGAUCAAUCGUGUCAAUGAGGUUUGGGGCAUUAUCAUGGCUCAAUUACUCAACACUGCUGCGAGGGAUUCUUUCGACGACUCAUUCAACGCGACAUACUUUGUUGAGCCCGCCACCAUGAACGCACCUAUUUACACCGGUAUCUUCCAUGACGGACGAAAGUAUCUCGUGCAAAGCGAGAUCUCGACUCGGAUUCUUGAUGGCGUGCUCGGCAGCAUGGUUGUGUGCGCGUUGAUAGCGCUGUAUGUGAUGCGUACAAAGAGGGUCCUUCCUAAAAGCCCAACUAGCAUUGCUGCUGUUGCCAGUUUCCUCCACGGCUCACGUAUGCUGAGCUCUGCCAUUCCUCAUGGCUCAGGGUGGUGCGGUGAUGAGGAGUUGAACAAACGGGGGGUAUUUGAGGGCCGCUCGUUCUCGAUGGGUUGGUGGGAAGUGGAGAGGCAGAGGAAUCGGAGCCAGUCUGAUGUUUCUAGUGUCUCGAGAAUGUCCGAGGAGAGGGUUUCUGGGGAAAGUGUUUCUGGGGAAAGUGUUUCUGGGGAGGAGACACAGACGUACGCUGAGUUUCAUGGAGAUCAAAACCCUCCUGACGAGCAGAACGGUCAUAAACAGACUAGAUUUGGGAUUGAUGUUGAUGUUGCGGAUAGACCGUUGUUGCGUAAUGCCUCUCAUAUCUAG